AUGAUCGUCCUUGGUGAUUUUAACGCCCGCGUCGGCACAGACCAUGCUGUCUGGAGAGGAGUCCUGGGUCCCCACGGUCUCCGCGGCUCAAACGACAAUGGUCUGCUGCUUCUCCUCACCUGCGCAGAACACCGCCUCAUCCUGACGAACACGUUCUUCUGUCUGCCGGAGCGAGAGAAGGCCACCUGGAGGCAUCCUCGGUCGCGUCAGUGGCACCUGCUGGACUAUGUCCUCGUCCGGAGGCGAGACCAGCGGGACGUGCUGGUGCCGACGGGUUGACCGAACAUCGCCUUGUCAUCAGCAAGAUGAGGAUUCGCCUACAGCCUCGCAGGAGACCACAAGGUAAGCGACCCUCAGGUAUGCUGAAUAUUGCUUUGUUAUUUUUGCCUGCUCACCAUUUCCAUUUCAGUAAUGAAUUAGCUCAACGGCCAGUCAACCUUCCAGUCACCGCUGCCGCUGCCUACGCCGACGUGGACGACUACGUGGAGAACCGACGGUUCCAACCAAGGGGUACAACCCAGUCGACCACCCCGGCCGUCCUCGGUCGCGCACGCCGCGAACAUCAGGACUGGUACGACGACAAUCACGCCGCCAUCAGUAAUCUGCUCGACUAG